AUGAUCAGUUUAUGUGUUGGUAUUUUUCUUCUUCCUCUUUGCUAUUUUUCGACAGUUUCACCAAGCUUUCCGACAGCUUUUUAUGUUGACAAUGAAGAUGCACAGUCUGUACCACUUCAUGUAAAUAAGAAGGUGGGCGCUCGAUUAGAAUCGCAUAUCUUAGAAUUACUUGGUAUAGAAAAUCAUGGAAGCGGAAUAAGAGAUGAGUUUGCCACUCGGUUUAUGGCACAGUUGUACAAAAAAACAGAGGAAGACUUUGCACUGAAUCCAGCUUACAGAUAUCUUGAGACGGGGACUCCUUUGCCAGCAGCUGAUGAAAAAGCAAUUGGACUUGGGGAAGCUGAUACUAUUAUUUCUUUUCUUCCUCGUGUGAUAAGUGACAGGAAUGCAGAAGGGGGUUCAAAGUUGGGUUUUGACAGACCAGAAAUCCCUAAUGAAGGCCGUUUGCUACAUGCUGAGCUACGUGUUUCUUUCGAAAAUGUGUCAAAACCUUCUUUGUUGAUUGCGAAAUUUCAAGAUCUACGUGUCUCUGAUUUUUCACUAUCAGAAAACGGGCAGUUUUUCGUAAAUAUCACAGAAGUUUUGAACACUUGGGCAGCAAAUCCUUCUAUAAGGCCGGCUGUCACCGUGUUUGCUGUUUCUAAAAGGAGUAGGAGAUAUCCGUUAUCGGAGUUUGGAAAGUGGCAUAGUUUCGGAAUAGCGUCUUUUGCUGACUCGGGUCACCAAAGGAGAGGUCGUUCCAAAAGGAAUGUACCUAAUGGUCGUCACUACCCAGACAGCAGUCCUGUUUCUUUUACAACAUCGAAACCUAAACUUCCAUUUGUUCGUAAAUCAGUGUAUGGCAAAGAAUGCCGACGGAGAACCCUUUAUGUGGACUUUAAAUACCUUAAUUGGCAGGACUGGGUUAUUGCCCCUGACGGAUUUUAUGCUCACUAUUGCGAUGGGUCUUGUUCGUUUCCUUUGACUAGUCACAUGAAUGCCACUAAUCACGCUAUUGUUCAAACUCUAGUAACAACCGAACCGAAAUGUGCUCCAUCAACGUUAAAGUCUAUGAAGAUACUGUUCAUCGAUUACAGCCGCAAUGUUAUUCUGAAACGAUACCGUGACAUGAGAGUGGAGGACUGCGGGUGUCAGUGA